GACAGCACAAACUCGUCGCUCCGUCAGGUCUACACAGCCAAAGAAGACUUUAGCGACUACAUAUUCAUCGAUCGCUGCAGGCGAGUCAAAAGAAAACUCUUCAAGCACUGUAAUGUACGCUGCAAUUGCCGCUGUAGUUGGAAGUAUUACCGUAAUAGCGUCUGUAAUAUUUACAUUUCUUUUCUGCAAGAAAAAGAGAAACAAGCCGAAUUCCAACCAAUUUCAAGCACAUUCGUCAGAAAGUUCGAAAUCAAACGGCGUUGGUCCAAACUUUGCAAAAGCAGGCGCUUACUUUACUAAACGCGGGUCAGCAGCAGACGUUACUCUUUACUGUGAGCCUACGACAUGUACAGAAAUGAUAAACAAUCCAUUACGAGCACCAACCCAAAAUAGAAGCGGAGUGGUUAAUGGAGGUACUACGACAAGCUUUCACGGCUCAACAAUGGAUGGCGACGAUUAUUGCGAGCCUACAGCGUGUACAGCAACAAUAAAGAAACCAAUACGAGCACCAACCCAAAGUAAAAGCGGAAUUGUUCAUGAAAAUACUACGACAAGCUCUCGCUCAACAAAGCAAGGGUUAAGAAAGAAUGUCGACGUUUACUGCGAGCCUAUCACAGCAUCGACGAGCCAACCGACAGAAGAACUAGUCAAAGUUUUCGAAGAUAAAGAUUAUUAUCUAAGGUUUACUCCUGCAGAAAACUUGCCAAAUAACAAACAGUCGUGCAAACAACAAACGAAAAAUUCGGUUGCAAAGAGAACUGCUACUGAAAAUGAAUAUGUCAAAGCAAGACUAAUUAGUGGCAACCCUUUGGUCAAAGAUGGAGUCAAAACGGCCAAAGUUGUGACCAGGGUUGUUGAUGCUGAAAACACUCAAAUGUCUUACGAGUUACUUGCUGUACCGACAAGGAAGGGUAAUAUGAAAGAAGGUUACCGGAAUAUGGCUUAUGAGAAAGACACAGACUUAGAUGCUCCAGAUGUAACUUCAAACGGGGAAGACGUUGACAAAUCGACUUCUGCAAUUGAGAAGGAUGAUGAUAAGUUUUGGGAACCGGCUACCACAGAACAGGAGCUUUACGGUCAACUUGAAGGGCAGAGAUUUAGACACAUCGAUAGAAAUGAUGUCAAAAACAGACAAAAAAUUGGAUCAGGAGAAUUUGGCGUCGUAGAGAAGGCAACGUGGAGAGUGAAUGAUCGAGAUCAUGUACCGGUGGCGGUGAAGACGCUGACGAAUGAAGCUAAUACCAGUGAUCGCGUCAAAUUUCUUCGUGAGGCGGCGAUUACUGGUCAGUUCCGACAUCCAAACGUCGUCCGUUUCUAUGGUGUUGUUACCAUAGGAACUCCGAUAAUGCUGGUCUUGGAAUACAUGCAGAAUGGUGAUCUAAAGAAUUAUCUCGAAAAACAAAAACUGAGCGGAAAGUGCUGCCGUUCGGGUUUUAAACAGACGUUAUUGAAAAUGUGUCGUGAAAUUGCAAACGGAAUGGAAUAUCUUUCGCGCAAGUCUUUCGUUCACAGAGAUUUAGCGGCAAGAAAUAUUUUGUUAAACAAAGAGUUGGCAUGCAAGAUUGCAGAUUUUGGGUUGGCACGUGAGGUGUCUGACGACACUUACUACACAAUUACGGGCGGGAAAUUGCCAAUAAAAUGGUGUGCUCCUGAGAUUUGGAAUUAUAAACGAUUUUCGUCUGCCAGUGACGUGUGGAGCUAUGGAGUUGUGCUCUAUGAAGUGUGGUCAGUGGGACGACGUCCGUUCGGUGUAACGAAAAACAACGAGGUGAUGAAAAAGAUUGAAACUGGAUAUCGUCUUCCUCCUCCUCCCGGAUGUUCUCGUUCUUUUUAUCAUCUCAUGAUUGACUGCUGGUGA